CAUCAGAAUGUCCAAGGAAUCAUGCACCUGUAAAGUGUUCCUCGGGACUCGGUGCUCUCGGCUUCACCGAAAAAGAAGAAAAGAAAAGAAAAAAAAAGAAAAACUCUAGAUUCACGCUCUCCCACCUGAACCUCGUCUCCUCUCCCUUUCAAACUUACCCUAGACCUUCUUUCCCUUGACCCCUCUUCCCUUCUCCGUUGCCCCCAGACGUUGUGGUCGUUCUAGGAUUUGAAAGUUGGCUAAUCGGUAGCUCUCUCUCACCCUCACAACUCACCAUGUACACCGAUCCUGUUCUAGAGUAUGGAAAGACCUUUCUUCCUCUGCCUCCUCCGGGAAGUCCCCAUGCUGUUUCGGUACCUGGAUCUGAGGAGGAAGGGCACACGCCAGCCUUUCGCCACUGGCGCGCCGAUCCUAAGGGGGAGUUAAUGAGAUCUCUUGACCCAAAGAUAAAUACCAUUUACGAUGCUUUCGAGGCAGCUUGCCAAAAAUGGCCCAAUAACAAAUGCUUAGGGUGGCGAGAACAGAAAAAUGCAACCGGUCCCUGGGGUCCUUAUGUCUGGAUGGACUACGAAACUGUCCAGAAGAAACGUGCAGAUAUAGGCGCUGGCCUUUCCUAUCUACACACAGUUCAUGGCGUUACCGAGAAGCAAUAUGGUAUUGGUUUAUGGUCGCAAAAUCGUCCGGAAUGGCAGAUUGCCGAUUUGGCAGCAAUGUCCCAAUCACUUUACACCGUUAGUAUCUACGAUACUUUAGGCCCAGAGACCACGGAAUACAUUAUCAACCAUGCCGAGCUUCACUCUGUUGUUUGCAGCUUAAAUCAUGUUCCUGCCCUGCUUUCCAUGAGAGACAAGGUACCAGCCCUCAAAUUCAUCGUUUCUCUUGAUCCACUUGAGCGGGAAGGAGAACCUUCCGGAAACACCAAAAAGGCUUUGUUGGGCGCUUGGGCGGAGGAGAAGGGUAUUCAAAUCUACUCGUUGGCAGAAGUCGAAUCCAUUGGGCGACAGCACCCAAAACCAUGCGUACCGCCGACCCGAGAUGACCCUAUAACUAUAAAUUAUACAUCGGGCACAACCGGAAACCCCAAGGGUGUAUGGCUGACCCACGGCAACGCCGUGGCUGCUGUCACAUGUUCAGCCAUUGGCUACUUCCAUGGUAAUAUCCUUGAGCUCGUGGAUGAUAUUAAGGCGCUGCGCCCAACCACCUUCAUAUCCGUCCCGCGUCUUUACAAUAGAUUUCACACUUCGAUUAAAACAGCCACGAUGGAACAGCCCGGAAUCAAGGGGGCCUUGUCACGUCAUGUUGUGAACACCAAACUUGAAAAUAUGGGGAAGACUGGCAGUAAUAAGCACAUGCUCUAUGAUCGCAUCUGGACAAAUAAGGUCAGGGCGGGAGUUGGCUUUGAUCGUCUCCGUGCGAGUGUAACGGGUUCUGCACCGAUCUCACCUACGGUCCUCUCGUUUCUUCGUGUGGUCUUUGCGAAUAACUUUUAUGAAGGCUUCGGAAUGACUGAAACGUAUGCUGCGACUGUCGGCCAACUGGGUGGUGAUAAUUCUGCUGGAAACUGUGGACCUCCCUGUAUCAAUGUUGAGGUUCGACUCAGGGAUGUCUCUGAUAUGGGAUACACCAGCAAGGAUAAGCCAUACCCCCGUGGAGAGCUCUUGACAAGAGGUCCCACGGUUUUUAAAACUUAUUAUAAAGCGCCGGAGGCGACGGCUGGCGUAUUCGAUCAGGAUGGUUGGUUUGCAACAGGAGACAUAUGUUCAGUUGAUGAGUUGGGCCGGUUCAAGGUCAUCGAUCGUGUUAAGAACCUGUUGAAACUUUCUCAGGGAGAAUAUGUGUCUCCCGAAAGGGUGGAGAACGCUUAUCUCGGAAACAUGAAUAUUUUCGCUCAGGCAUAUGUCUAUGGCGAUCCACUUCAACCGUUCCUUGUUGCCAUAUUUGGUAUUGAUAGAGAUCACUUUUCAAGCUUUGCUAGCAAAGUCCUCAGGAAAACUGUCUCUGCAACCGAUGAACAGGCUAUCAAGGCGGCCUGCGGUAACAGGGAAGUGAUCCAUGCUGUCCUCCGCGAGAUGGACCGAGUCGCGAGGAAGACCAAGAUGGCCGGGUAUGAGAGGGUCAGGAACAUCCACCUCUGCAUAGACCCCUUCACAAUUGAGAAUGACCUUUUGACGCCAACUCUGAAGCUCAAGAGACCCCCGGUUGCGAAAAUGUACAAGAAAGAGCUUAGCGUCCUUUAUGAAGAAGCACUGGCAGCGCAAGCUCCUAAGGCUAAGCUGUAGACGCUUUGUAUACUAGUUUUUAUUUGUUUUUGUUUUUUUGUUUAUGCACGGGCAUUCACUUUUCUUUUCUGUUACUUUGUGGGUAGGGUUGGGUGCACGGGAUUACGCCGCAUAUGCUGGAAAACUAGAUAAUGCAGACUUUUGACUGGCGUUGUCUAUACAUAUUUUCUUAGGGAGGAUAUCAGGUGGAAACAUUCUACUUGUGUAUCAUAUCUAGCUGUGAACCUAUUUUUUUUCUAUGGCCUAGGCUCUAAUGAAGAUGUCACUUAAUCUAUUUAG